AUGCUGUGUGCGGCUGGACCGUGUGCGGCUACACAAACUUGUGUGCGGCCCGUGAUGUGUGCGGCUGCACACACUUCUUGUGUAAUGAAUCUCGUGUGCGGCUGCACACAUCCACAUGUGCGGUUGCUUAAAUUCUCAUGUGCGGUUGCACCCUUCAUUAUUAAAACGGGAGAUCUAGAAUUCAUAAAAGUUCACAACUCAGCUAUCUUUCUUGAAGCCACAAUACAAGGAAAGAAGAUUCAAAUUUCAAAAAGGAUUAUUCGAGAAUCACUUCAAAUUGAUGACAAACCAGAAUAUUCAAUGGAAAUUGAUGUGCAUCAAACUCAAGAUGUUCUAGACCACAUGGGGUAUGAGGGAACAUUUCCUCUUACCAUCAAGAAACUGCUUCCUCCCUGCUCGAAAAAUUUAGGUCAUGUAUUUGUGAGCUGUAUUUCUGGUAGGAGAUCUGCUACGGACGAAAUCUCUCUGGUCAAUACAGGUGCCAUCACAGCUUUGGCUUUCGGCAUUGAAUUCAAUUUUUCAAAGUUUAUCGUGCAUGAACUGGUUCUAAAUAUUGAAGGAAACAAGAGAGACAAAAUUUUGAUGUACCCAAGAUUUCUUUAG